AUGAGAACAUUAAUUAACGAGAGAACGAGGACAAUUGCUCUUGUCUCCGACACCCAUGCCUUGCUGUUUAGGUACAUUCCGGAUAAGGAUCAGUGUGGAAUCGAGCUUGUUCCCAAGAAGAACCUCAAUGUCAAGCAGUACAAACCAUUGUCCAAUCAUAGGGCAUAUGGAUUCAUCGGUCUGCUUAAUAUUGGCAAGGAUGUGUUUUUGGGAGUGAUUACUGGAAAGGCAGAGGUGGCCUCUCCAAUACCCAAUGAAACUGUGUUCAGAAUCUACAACGUGGAGUUUCAUUGUCUCAACAGAAACUCGUGGGAUUUUUUGGAAAUUGACUCGACCGGCUAUCCGAGCGUUCACGGCUCUGACUCUUAUGACCAGGCGGGAACCCCACCAAGGUUCGAACAACAUCCAUGUUUCGAGAUCAAAAAGUUGCUUUCUGAUGGCUCGUUCUUCUACAGCUCCGGAUUUGAUUUGACCAGUACGCUCCAAUCACGUGGAAUUGGCACCCAUUCGCUGUCAUUUGACAAGUUUCACGAAGAUUACAUGUGGAACUCGUUCAUGAUGGAAGAAAUAGUUUCCUUCAGAAACAACCUAGAGGAGGGGGCCACCCAGCUCUUGGACGAGAACAUGUUUCUCACCACCGUGAUAAGAGGCUUUGCUGAGACCUUUAACCUGCAUAUUCGGGGCGCAAGAGCCAAAAUGACGAUCAUCUCGAAACAGUCCUGGAAGCGAGCAGGCACACGUUUCAAUGUUCGUGGAGUAGACGACGAGGGAAACGUUGCCAACUUUGUGGAGACUGAGCUCAUUCUGUCCACAGAUCGGUUUAUAUACGCUUUCACCCAGAUACGUGGGUCGAUACCGAUAUUCUGGGAGCAGGACACAGCGUUGAUAUCUCCCAAGGUGCAGAUAACUAGAAGUUUCGAGGCCACAGAACCAGUUUUUGAGAAACACUUUCAGAAGCUCAGCGAGAAAUAUGGUCCCAUCCAUAUCGUCAAUUUGCUUUCCACCAAAUCAUCCGAGAUAGAGCUGAGUCGCACAUACAGAAAGCAUGUUCUAGCAGCCAGCGAGAAACACCCAGAACAGAUGUAUCUGACCGAGUUUGAUUUUCACCAAGAAACCUCCAAAACAUACGCUUUGGCAUCCAACAUUCUGCCGAUGAUAGGGAACUCCAUGGACGAAUUUGGUGUGUUCUGCUAUGAUGUGGCAGGCCGUCGCACGGUAAGCAGACAACAAGGCAUUUUCAGAACCAACUGUCUUGACUGCUUGGACCGCACAAACCUGGUUCAGCAGGUGAUCUCGUGGGCCGCACUGGAGAAUUUCCUACGCAGCAAAGGCCUUAUUAAUGGCUACGAAACAGACAUAUCAGGAAGACAUAACACGCUAUGGGCCGACCAUGGUGACCAGGUAUCUCAGAUUUACACUGGUACCAACGCCCUGAAAUCCAGUUUUUCCAGAAGCGGAAAGAUGGGAUUUGCAGGAGCUCUCAGUGAUGUCACCAAGUCAGUGAGCAGGAUAUAUAUCAACAAUUUCAUGGAUAAAGGAAAGCAGAACACAACCGAUAUGUUGCUGGGGAAGCUUUCUAACCAGUCUCCAGUCAAGAUCUAUGACCCGAUCUCGGAAUACGUUUACGACGAAUUGGAAAAGGUGAAGUCUCAAUUCACGACCAAAGACCAGAUCACCGUCUUCACAGGCACUUACAAUAUUGCGGGAAUUCCGACAGUUGGAGAUCUCAAGUCUUGGUUGUUCCCAAUGGAGAACGGGGGGACGGAUUUUUCACCGGACAUCAUCAUUCUUGGUUUCCAAGAGGUUGUAGAGCUCACUGCGUCCAACAUCCUGAAUUCUGACAAUUCAAAAUCGGCUUACCUUCAGCAGCUUGUGGUGAAACAACUUGCUGCGUAUAAUGAGAAGUCUUCGUAUGUUCUUCUCCGUGCAGAGAAGUUGGCCUCGUUGCUGCUGCUUCUGUUUGUGAAGACUGAAAACAUGGCAAGGGUAACACAGGUGGAGGGCACAUCCAAGAAGACUGGACUAGGAGGCAUGACAGCCAAUAAAGGAGGUGUAGCCAUCAGGUUUGACUAUGGAGCAACGCCUUUUUGUGUUCUCAACUCGCAUCUGGCCGCUGGUGUCAGCAAUGUUGAAGAGCGACUGAAUGAUUAUGUCACAAUCAAAAACGGGAUGCGCUUCACAAGAAAUAGAACCAUUUUCGACCACGAGGCGGUCAUAUGGCUGGGUGACUUGAACUACAGAAUUGCGCUGGACAAUGAUCGCGUGAGGAAUGGAGUUGACCGCAGAAACUUUGACGAACUUGCUCAGCAUGACCAGCUGAUAAACGGUAUGGCAUCACGAGACGGGGCGUUUUCCACAUUCAAAGAGAUGAAGAUCACGUUUGCGCCUACUUAUAAGUAUGACAAAGGAACAAGUGUGUAUGACACCUCGGACAAACAACGUGUUCCUUCUUGGACUGAUCGUAUCUUAUACAGAGGGAAGAAGCUGUCCCAGCUAAACUAUGGGGCAAUUGACUCUGUCAUGUUCUCGGACCACAAGCCUGUUUUCGGAACAUUUGUCGCCGAAGUGACUUACGUGGAUAACGACAUCAAGCAUGGACUAAUAUUGAACCUUUACAAGAAGUUCAAGUCUGAACACGCAGGUGAGAGCUCUUCGUUGAUAGACCUCAAUGAUCUUGGAAGGGAAGAGGAUUACGGCCAUGGUGGAAGACCUUCCUCAAAUACAGCUUUUCUGAUAAGUCUGGAUGAAAAGCCAAAACUUCCUCCUAGACAACCAACCACUGCUUCGCACGAAACUCCACCACCACCUCCUCCCGCUCGCAGACUUGCUGAAAAACCACCGACCUUGCCGAUGCGUCCUAUGCCCGUUACAAGAUCACAGAACGCUACGCCAGAUUCGGCAAUGGCUGCACCAGCUGCUCGUGUUCCUGUGAAUAUCCCCACGACCUCGCCAAGUCAGUCACCCGCGCCGGUUGCAUCUCCCCCAGCCUCAACCACUUCAAGCUGGAAGCCGAUGCAGGUCACACGGUCGGCGACAGCGACUCCGGUCGAUGCCCCACAACCUCCUCAACCCCGGCCAGGGUCCACAAUUAUCCACAAACCAACGGCGACAAACACAACCAAAACUGCACCACUUGUACCGGCCAAACCAAAGGGUCUGGAAAAGAUCACCACCUCGUCCUCAGAGGUGCCUACCACCUCCUCUGGCGAGUGGAGACCAAUGGUGCCUAAUAAGUAA